GUACAUGCAUGUAAAGUCAGAAAAAAUGAAUUAGAAGUAAAGAAAAAAAGAAAUGUCAUAGUAAAUUAAUAUUAGUGUAAGGAAUUGUGUCUGCUAAUAGAUUUACAACAUAUGUGUUCAAGGGCUCUCAUCGUCAAAAGAAUGUCAAGAAAUUAGCAUAAAAAAACAGAACGAUAAUACAUACAGACGUCAGACCAAGUUUUUCAAUUUAAACACAUGGGUGGGAGGAGGAGGAAAGCGGAAAUCGAGUCAACCAUAGACUCUGGUUGAAAAUCUCGACAUAAAGAAAUAAAUUCAGAUAAAACGCCACUAUAAUUAUAAAACCUAUCUCACAAAUAACGAAACUUAAAAUAGAUAUAUAAGCCAGAAUCCCUGAGCGCAAACACGAACGCAGUACUAAUUAAUAGCUAGAGUAGUACAUGAAGAAGUAUCUCAUAUUCUUCAAGAACCUAUGGUUAAAAAAAAAAAAACAAUACCCUAACGACGACGACGACGACGAUGAUGGUGGUGGUGUACGUGAUGAUGUCUAUGCGCGUGCUUGUGAGUUAGUGCAUGUGAGCUCACGACUAUGCAGACCUACACAAGCUCCGUGUCCAGUCAUCUUGUUUAGACACCCAUUCGUCGCAGCCAAUGAAACCGUACCAGCAAUGUUUGCUCAGUGUGGCAAGGUUGCAUACUGAUUACCGCAUGCAGCAACGCGACUCUGUCUCUGUCUUCCACCUGAUGGCGGCUGCAGUAUUAACAAAACCUGACUAUGGUCAGUCAUAUUCAAACUUCGUAGCCCCUAUGUUAUGAAAUUUCCUUUUUAUUCAUACAAUCAAAUGAAGGACUUGUCUAAUUUCAUGUGGUUUUAUAUGGUUUUCAUUUUUCCUGCACGGACGUAUAUCUCCGUCCGUGAUGCCUGUGAUUUUUUUUUCUGGGAAAUAUUUAAUAUCCAAAUAACAGCAUACAAUAAAUACAAACAUUCUGCUUAAAAUAAAUAAAACUAAAAAAAAAAAAAAUCGAUGAGUUAUAUCUUCCCACUCCAACACGACUACUGCAUGAGAGUCAGCACCUAUCGAUUUUCCUUGUCUGUUCAGGACAGGCCAGAGAAUCUUUCGAUCUGAGCUCUUCUUCUUCUUCCCGUACAGCAGUGCAUCGUACUCUGAGAAUUUUGCGUCAAGUCAUGCCAUUCGCUUGUAACCCCAGUGGAAACUUUAAGACGUUUCUUAGUCGACCUAUGCCUUUACUUCGAUUGUAUCGUGAGACUGUUAAUACAUGAGCUAGCACAGACGAUAGCUUCACCUGCAGACGGUAUUUUCCAAAGGUUUUAGAGUGAUUUCCCCUGACACGGCAGAUGACACCGAGCGCGCGCGCAGCCCACGAGAUUCGCAAUAUGAAUGUUCGUAUGGACCCCUGGUGGGAAAUCGCAAGCACAGCAGACAGCAGAAUGGAGCCCUCUUCUUUCCCAGAGGACACAAGCUUCGUGACGUGUGUUAUCUUGAAACACAUUUCUUCCGCGAUGCCUAAAAAUAUCAACAGUAUUAUUUUCCCCGGGGGGGUCGCAUGGCCCGACUCAAUCACGCAGGCGCGGCGAGGCACGUGCAAAAGGUUGGGCCCCUGGGGAGGGGCCCCUUGGGUGUUGUUAGCUCUCAGGCAAUUCAAUAUUCAUUUCAUGACGUAGUCCUGGCCCACAUGCCGAGCUUCAGCUUUCAGCAAAAUGCUGCUUUGUGCGUCUCCACGGCGAAGGCCUGGCGGGGCGAUGUAGUCAGCGCGCAGCGGCAGCCGUCACAGCCAGAACUACCACCGCCACUGCCGAGAUGUCACGCAGGAAGCAGGCUCGCCCAAAGUCUUGCAAAUUGGAAGGAAUAGUGGAGGAGGGAGAGGAAGAGACAGAACCAGCAGGAGACAAAAGCCAGAGAGAAUCAUUACCAGCACAAGAAAGCUUCGUGACAGCAGAGAGCAGUAGCACCAACAACAAAGUGAUCUGUGGGGUAGGAAAUGAGUCUGCCUUGGACAGCCAGAAAGUGGACCCAGUUUUGGAUGACGCAGAUUCUUCUUUGACUGUAUCUGGAGCUAGUAACACACCAGUUUUCAGGUGCGAAACAUGUGGCACAGCCUUCAGCAGCCUGACAGAUUUCAUGGAUCACCGCAAUUACAUCUGCACAGCAGAAGCCCCUGCGGCGUGGACCACCCUGGAGGACAAAGCUGAGUGGAGUGGCUCCGACUCCAGUUCCCCCUUCUCGGGGACGGGUGCUGACGAGGGCCUGGGCUCGCCGCUGCCACUUCAUCUGACAGAGGAUCAGCUGCCCUUCUCCAUCGGCAUCAGCGAAACAAGCCUGUACGGGUGCCAAUACUGCGAGAAGUCCUUUCCACGUCCAAGCUACCUGCGGGUUCACGAGAAGGUUCACAGCGAUCAGCUGCCCUUCAAAUGCCACCUCUGCCAGCGGAUGUUUCGCCACAAACGCAGCUGCGACCGUCACAUGAAGCUGCACGCCAGCGACCGAAAACUCACCUGCCAGGUGUGCGACGCCACCUUCUCGAGAGCUGACCAUUUAAAAAGCCAUAUGCAAGAGCAUGACACCAACAAAGUUUAUCAGUGUCCGGUGUGUCAGACAAGCUACUCAUCCAUGGCAUCACUAACGGUUCACCUCAUCAGCCACCAGGACAUGGAUAGCCCAUCCACUGUUCCCCAGGGAACAACUGACAGCUAUCCCUGUCUGCACUGUGGACAGAGUUUUUCCCAAGCCCGUCAUCUGCAAGAACAUGUCUUGAUCCAUAUGUCCAACAUCAAGGUGGAGAAGAUAGCUUGUGAGAUUUGCAGUGAAGAGUUUUCUGGCCAAGAGGCACUUGAUACCCACAUGGAGUGUAGUCAUUAUAACACCCACCCCAUGGAUGUGGAUUCAGCAAUGUUACUGAAGUGCCCUAUAUGUCCCCUCCGAUUUUCAGAUACCUUGACCCUUUGUCACCAUUUGAUGACCCAUACUACAAGUGGUACCCCAGACAUAGAAAUGCAAGUGAUGACCAGAACCAAAGGGAAGGAAGCCCAUGAAUCUCCACCAUCCAAACUGGACAAUUUAAAUGCAAGCACACCAAAGCAGUCUUCAUCCUCCUCAGAUUUGUCCUCAAGUGGGGCCACAAUGUCUAAAACUCAGGCUCUCGUGUGCCCUUACUGCCUCAAUGACAACUUUGACUCUCUGGAGGCUCUGGAACUGCACAUGCAAAGUGUCCACUCAGUCAAGUCUAAUGAAAUCUACACUUGCAACUACUGCAAUGCCCCAUACCCUAAUCUGUACAGCUUGCAUGAUCACAUGAAUGUUGUACACCGAAACCACCCAGGCAUGGGUAUUAAGUAUCCUUGCAGCCUCUGCAAUAAUCAAUUCCCAAGCAUUGAAGCACUGGCAAAGCACAAGUCCUUGUCACAUAGUUUCCAGGACAACACCGAAGAAAGUGGACGUGCAGGUGGCAUUGACUGUGCAUUCUGUGGUCAGUGUUCUUUGACCUUUCCUAGUGCAAGACAGCUAGAGACUCACAUGAUCUCAGUGCACGGAGCAUCUGUGGACAAAAAGUCCAUCAAAACACGUGGGCGAAAGUCUGUGGCAAAAGGCAGCAAAGAAAAUAAAGCAACAUCGGCAAGCAAGAGCAAAGCACUGAGGGUGUCCAUGGUACCAGCAGCAACUGCAGUAGAUUCUCCUGCAAGCUCUGCUCAGACACCUGUUCCUGCAACACCUGAAAGCAUCACCUGUGACCAGUGCAAUGCUACUUUCCAUGAACUGGUCAAUUUUCAGGCACACAUGAAAUUACACAUCGAGUCAGCACUGGCCAAGUUUACCUGCAAAAAGUGUGGGCAGCAGCUGAGCAGCCAAGAACAAUUGGAGGCCCACCUGUCUCUGCACUACUUGUGCCUUGCAACAGAGUAUGGCUGCACUAGCUGCAUGAAACUCUUCUCCAAACCAGAUGAGCUGCAGAAACAUCUGAUGGACAUUCAUGCUCACCACCUGUAUCGCUGUGCACUUUGCAAGGAGAUAUUUGACUCCAAGGUUAACAUCCAGGUGCAUUUUGCCAUCAAGCACAGCAACGAGUGCAAGCUCUUCAAGUGUACACAGUGCUCAAAUAUCUUCCGCUCGGAAAUGGAGUGGCAGGUGCAUGUACGUGUGAACCACUUGCAUGUAGCAAAACCUUAUCGAUGCCUGUUCUGUGCUGAGAGCUUCACAAGUGAAAUGGAAUUACAGUGUCAUCUUACUACACACAGCAAGCCAUUCCGUUGUCCGAUGUGUGAGCAGGCCUUCCAUAUAGAGUAUCUGUUGGAUCAGCACAUGCAGACAGACCAUGGGGAGGUUGAUAUCAAAACAGCAACACUCCAUGCUUCAACAUCACCAGCUUUGGCCAGUCUUGUUAUCAAAGAAGAGGCGGAGGCACAGAUAUUAUCUCAGCUGAUUGCAUCUAGAUCGCCUCGACCCUCGUCACACAGCAGUGACACCCACAAAUCCCUCAGUCCUGGCAUUCCCCAACCCUCAGCCUCUCCUCUUGUAUUUGCUGCAAUGUCAUCCACCAUCUGGAAGAACAGUGAUGCUGUGCAUGUGUGCAACAUAUGUGACAGUCGUUUCAAUCAACAAGCUCUACUGGCCAUCCACAAGACGCAGGAACAUGGGCUGAAGCCAGCAACUGGUGUUAAUGCUCACAGCCCUCAGGGUAAGACUCAUGGAGGAAGCUCCAGCCCUGCACAGACUUUCUUGGAGCAGCCAAAACUGUCACCACGUGACAAGUUCCUGAUUAACAACCAAACUCUUGUGUCUGUCCUCACAGGGGAAAGCUCCACAAGCAUCAACAUGUCAUGCACAUUCUGCAGCCAGACCUUUAAGAAUCAGUCGGAAUGUGACAAGCACAUGAAGAUCCAUGCCAACUCCAGCAGCCUUAAGUGCAACAUCUGUGAUGAGACAUUUCCCUCUCCAGCCACACUAGCUGAGCAUAAGUUACAGCAUUGCAAGAUCCAGCAAGGCAACUCAUGUUUUAUCUGCACUAGCCUAAAGACAGAAGAACAGUUCUACAAUCAUACCCAAGAACAUGGGUAUCAGGGCUCCAUGCUGCAGUGUAUAGUGUGCCGCCAAACCCUUGCCUCUCUUGUUGAGCUUCAGAUGCAUGGCAAGCACCACUUCCAGAUGCGACCUAGCUUUUACACCUGCUGUGUCUGCCUGAAGACCUUUGACUCUAAAGAAAACCUUGUUUCAAAACUGAAUUCUAGUGGCCGGACCUACUAUGUGUGCAAGCCCUGCUACCAUGGGGAGUCACCACUGUACACAUGCCCUCAGUGCAGUGACAAGUUUGCUUCUCGGGCACAGUUAGAGGCUCAUGCAGCAACACAUGCACCAUCCUCCACAGUCACUUCUGCACUUUCCACAGCAGCAGCACCAGGAACAGCACCGCAGACAUUCCAGUGCAUCAAGUGCCAGGAAUCCUUCAGCACCGAGUAUGAGAUCCAGCUGCAUGUUGCGAACCACAUGCUUCAGGAGGGCACCACACAUGAGUGCAAGCUCUGCUCCAAACUUUUUGACUCACCCGCCAGGCUGCAGUGCCACUUGAUAGAGCAUUCUUUCAAGAAAGGGGCAGAGCUGCACUGUGGUAUCUGCAGGCAGGUGUUUGCCACACCAGCAAAGAUCCAGGCCCAUGCUCUGGAACAUGGUGUCCAAGGCAGAAGGCAUGCAUGCAGCCAGUGCAAUCAGCAGUUUUUCUUUAGCGCUGAACUUGAGAAUCACAUGCUCAUCUAUGGCCAUUGUGCUGGCUCUGUUUCUUCUGAUUCAAGUAGCAGCAGGUAUGAAUGUCGAGAAUGCAGCAAAAUGUUUGCUAGUGCUACAGCCCUUGCAAACCAUCGCAAGACUCAUGAGCGACGAGACACAAAUGUGAAAUGCUCGCUGUGCAUACAAACAUUCAGCAGUGUGGCUAAAAUGCAAGAGCACUUUUUGUUGGCACAUACCGUGGAUGAGACAGAAUCCAGUCCUGGUAAAAUUAAAAGUAGAGGAUACUGCUGUCCCCAUUGCAAGCAGCAGUUUGCCUCAGUUGAGAGUGUGCAAGCUCACGUUAAGACACACAGGACAGGUGGAAACAAACUGUCCUGUCCAGUCUGCAGCAAAACUUUCUCUCAGGCUCGUAACCUGACCCUACAUCUGCGUUCACAUGCUGGUGACAAACCAUAUCAGUGUAAUGUCUGCCAAAAACGCUUUUCACGUGAAGAAAAUCUGAGAGCUCAUUGUAAGUCUCACACCAGUUUGUCCAACCUGUUGGUAUGCCCACUGUGUGACAGAUCCUUCAUUCUCAAAUCUGAGAUUACAGAACACCUCAAAACACACUUUACAGCCACAGAGGAAAAGAGCCAUCAAAUUCAGCACACACUCAAAGACCUUGAGGCGCCUAUUGAGACAGUCUGGAACAAUGGUUCUGAUUCCCUGAAGUCACCAGAAGAAAAUAGAAAAGCGGAUGAUGCUAAAGUAAUGCCAGAGAUAAAUGGAUCCCAGUCCAACAGUAGCUCAGAACCCAAAGCAUCAGACCAAACUUUUUGUGAGACCAGCCAGUCUUUACAGAUAAAGACAGAACUUGUGGCUUAAGUGUUAUGCUUAAUGAUGUGCUUAGGGAUGGUAAACAAACAAGUCUACUUAAACCCUGGAAAUGAGUGACUUGAAAAUUUAUCUAGGUGUCGAAAAAGUGUUUUUAUUUAAAAACUGUAUGGAAGCAACACGAGCCUCAAGUUCAUUUUGGGAACUGUAUGAAAGCUUUUGCAAGUGUGCAUGUUUGUAGCUUAGAUGAAAGCAAAUGAGAAAAUACUGAAAACCUUAGCAGAUGUGCAUCUGAAUAGAUUAGCUAGUACCAGAUAACAAAGCUGUAUGAACAAUUUGGCAAGAGUGUGCGGUGUAGCUUUGCUGGUGGCAAAUAACAAGGAAAUUCUUGAAGAGCUUUUUUAUGGUGCUGCUUACAGUGUCAAAGCUAAUAGACACCCAAGUUCUUGGUUUCUUUGUUGACUAGAGAGAUAAAAUUAUUUUCACCCUGAUUUCAGCUUCUUAUUUUUGUAAAAGGGGAAAAUGUUGUCUUAGCCUAGGUUUAAUUUAUUCAUAGAUAUACUGUAUGUAUCCAUUUAACAACUUGUUUCUUAUUUUAAUGAAAACAUAAAUAGAAAUGGACAGAGAAAAAAAGGAACAAGAACCUGUUAUUUAUAUAUAUUUUGGUUAUUUAUACAUAGUAGAUUUUGGUCAUACAACAGAUUCUGGUUAAUUAGGUUACAGGUGUUAUUGGUUAAGUGGCGGAACUAGUUAUGUAGGGACUAAUCCUAAAGUGCAAUACAAGCCAAGCAUAUUUCAGUCAUGCAGCACUGCUUAUUGGUGACAUCUUGCCACUUAAUUAGUGUAAAAAAUAUAUAGGUUUUGACUAAUUGGUAACCAUUUUAGGUUUCAAAGUAAGAUGAUGAAACAUGCUAUUCAUUAGUUACUAACAUGAUUGCUGGCUCGGCGUAAAACACCAUUUCCCACCACCUUUGGUCACUAGCAUGCUGAUGGAAACUGAUAAGCUAAAAAGACUAUGUUAACGCACACCAAAUGCAAAACAGAAAGUAUAAAUAAUUUAAAAGAGGAGCAAUAAGUGUUUUGCAUGCUCAUUUAGAAAACUCAAGUUUCCAUAUGCCUGGAACUAAAAAUAGAGGGGAGUUUAAAUAAAGUGGUAGAAAUCCAAGUCUCUGUAGUAACUUCAAGGACGUGUAUUGGUGGGUUCAGACCACUGCUAACUUGCUAAAUUUUUCACUGUUUAUUUAGUACAUUUUUAAGAUUUGUGCUGGCAUAAAAAAACUUUCAGCAGGAGAUUAUCAAAUCUUGUGAUUUUCCACUUUAGCUAGCAUUUGUGUUCAAGUGUUGCCCAAUGGUAGGUGGACCUUACCUGAAUCCUACAUCAUAUCACUUUGGUUUUUUAUGAUGACUGCUUAAUGCCUCUCACUCACAAUCACAUAUGCUUGCAAAUGCACAUAACAUAAAGCAGCAUGCAGAACAGAAAGAGCAUGUCCGCACUAUUUAUUCCAUCAAAUGCAAAAUAGGGCUCCACACUCAGUGUGAACUGCUUUCCUAGGUCACUAAAUUUUGUUUUAGGUAUGUAUAACAUUAGCCCUCUCUUUGACAAAAUUGCAGCACAUGCUUGGAUCACUACAAGUUAAAAAAAAAAAAAUUAAAAGUUACUCUGAUGCACAUUUCACAAUAUGAUUGGUAAGAAUACUUUAACAUGAUCUUACAUAAGAUAAUCUGCAUCCUAAUUAUUAAAGGUACUGCAGCGAACAAAAAACGUACAGCUAAUAAUUUUCAAAAUUGGAGGAAAAAUUCUCUUGUAAGGAGAUUUUUUCAGUUCAUGCUAGGUCAUCACAAAAUCUUGACAUAAAUCAUGGCUUGUUCUAUGCCUCCAUCAAGCUUAAUUUUGCAGAAACCUUAUGGCCUCAUGUGUUCAGAUAAAUACAUUGCACAGCAAAGCAUAAGGAAGUUCUGGGUAAGAAAAAGUGGCCAUAAAAGAU